AUGGAGGAGGGCGCAGGUCCUGAUGCAACGGCUCCUCCAAAGGAGCCAUGCGACAGCAUCGGUGCUCUGCUAUCGCUAUCGGAUGAAGAUAUGCGGCGGGAUCUUUUGGGUUCCCCGAGCCCAGUGCCUUCCGAAAGCAAGUCCUUUGGUGGAGUGCAGAGCUUGUUGUCUAGUGAUGAAGAGAAUGAGAAAGAUCUUGACACCGUGCCCAAGCAGCCACAGCCAGAGCAGCUGGACCAGUCUCUUUCCAGACAGCUCGACCAAGACGACCUUUUUGCUGGCCUGUCCGAAGGGGAAGGUGAGAAUCCUGGUGUGGCCAGCACUGCCUUAGUGGCCGUGAAGCAGACGGCUGCUGCGGCUUUGGAGCAGAUUCAGAAAGAGUCGGUUUGCACGUGUGAGAUGUGCGGCGCCAAGAGUGUGGAGGAUGCGAAGGGUGUGACGGUGACCUGGGCAAAAUACCGCACUGUGGUCAUGCUUGGUGCCAACCGCGAGCAGACAAAGGUGAAGAUUGCUGUGGGGGAAAAAUGCCUCCCAUGCGUGCUCAGUGUGCUUGUUGCGUUCCCAGAGAUGACUUGGGAACAAUGCGUUGCCAAGAAGAGCCAGCCACAGUGGCUUCUUGUGUUCCAAUCAGUUCGGGUCCAGAUGAAGGACAAGGAGUGCAUUGACCAGAAGGCCUUCCGAGAGCAGGAGGUGGAGAUCGUUCGCAUCACGGGUUCUAGAAUGGAGCUCAUCUCGGACUUCAUGAGCGCGGAUGAGUUUGAGGCCCUCUACGAAUGCAAAGCUUCAGAGGCCGUGCCAGACUUGCUGACGGAGACACUGGACGAGUUCAACCAGCCGAUUUCUGGCAUCAUUCUGGAAGGAAGUGCUCGCCGCAAGUUCGUCCAGUUCACUGAAGACUUGCUUUUGUUGAAGGACUCUUGA